GCGCCACUUCAAGGUGAAAAUUGCACGGAUGUAUUGAUGUUAUUAACUAGCCGUGUUAUGCGAACUAGCCUUAUGUAACGUCGGUCUUGUGAACGUCUGCUCGAGUAAUAGAACAUAUCACAUAACGCUGGUAGCUCCUCCCUGAUUCACCUCCCACCUGGACAGUGCCGCACCAACCAAGAUGACCAGUUGUGAUCAACAACAGAUGCUGUGCAGCAGAGCCAGGCUAGUCAGUUACCUUCCGGGGCUUCAUGUGUUGGUAUCUCGUGUGACUGGAACCAGAAACUUCUCUGCUACUGGAUCAUCCAGCUCCCAUGAGCUCUGUGUAGCCAUCACUCCAUCUGAGAUGGCGUGGCCCGAUGAGAUCAUGGGCCCUUUUGGACCCCAGGACCACCGCUUCCAGCUGCCUGGUAACUUGGGAUUUGACUGCGACCUGCAGGGAAUAGCAGAGCAGAUGAAGAGCCUGGCCCACAGUAAGGUCCCUGACGUGCUAUCUUCUCCGCCCAGCAGUGAGCAGCAUGAGUUAAUUCUGGCCCAGGUCAACAGAGACUCCUUUGAGGAAGAUGAGCCAGCCUCGUCUCAGGAUGUCCAUACAGCUGACCGGUACUUUGACAGCUCUAGCCUGGAGUGUGCUGUACAGUGCUGCCCUGAACUUCUAAAGAAAGAUUUUCAGUCCAUGUUCCCUGAAGCACCAUCCACUGGUAUGAUGGUGGUCACAGUGACCCAGAAGACCCGAAACGAUAUGACGUCGUGGUGUGCUGAGGUGGAACAGGAGAGGGAUCAGAUGCUUGACAAGUUUUGUGAUGGAGCACAGGAGAUCUGCCAUGCUCUGCAGAAGGAGGGCUUCUGGGCCGACUUCGUCGACCCAUCUUCCGGCUUGGCGUUCUUUGGUUCGUAUACCAACAACACACUGUUUGAGACUGAUGACCGGUACCGCCACCUGGGCUUUCAGAUCGAGGACCUAGGCUGCUGCCGAGUGAUCCGACACUCUCUGUGGGGGACACACGUCUUUGUGGGGACAAUAUUCACCAGCGCUCCACCCAGCAGCCUCGUUAUGAAGAACCUGCAGAGCAGCUGAACACAAUGAUGUAAUGCAAUUAUCAACAGCCUUUUUUGUGGUUUUGCGAGAUGUAUACAUGUUUUCUAUUUUUAGAUUAAAAUCCCACAGGCAAAUAGCUGCUGUCUUCAUAUCAAAGUGGUUCUUGACUACACUAUGAA